UUCCAUUAAAUUAUUUUUAUUGAAAAUAUAUUCAUAAAAUCAGUAUUUUUUUGAAUUUGUUAUAUUUAUUGGUCUAACAACAAUAACUUGUUAACAUAAAGUGGACAAGAAGCUGUAAAGUAGUAUGUUUAGUACGUAACGUAAAGGAUUGACAUGGAUUCGUUUGAUAAAAAAUUACAAGGAUUCCAAUUGAUUGCACAGGAAAAGUUACAAGCGAUACUUUGCUCUAUACCAGGCAAAAAAGAUUUAAUCAUAUCACCCACUGUAAUCAAACCACUAGAGCAUGUUUGUAAUGCAUCUUGGCUGAAACUUAAAGGCAUACAAAAGAUUUAUAGAUUUGAUACUCAAAUCAUUAUUCCCUAUGCAUCGGAUCAUGUGCAAGUGUUUAUGUUAAGAGGCGAUUUGUGCACCUUUCAAGCAGCACUACGCCAUGUACAGGAACAUCAAAUGAAUAAUGCUUUUAAAAAUUUGGAUAAUACAAUAAAACCAUUUCAUAUCAUAUGCAUACCAAGUUGUUAUGCGUAUUAUCCAAUGCUUUUAGAGGAGAAAGGACUCUAUGGUUUAGUGCAAUUGCAUCGUUAUAAUUGGGACUUUAUAUAUAUAGACGAUGGUGUGCUUAGUUUAGAACAUCCAAAGGUUUUUUGUGAUUUAUUUCUGCAUAAUGAUACUUCGCCAUUACCUGCAAUAGCACAAAGUUUGCGUUUGUUGCAAAUUGUUUGUGGUCGUCCAGAUCUUAUUUUAACAUACGGCGAGCAUUCAAAUAACAUUUUAAAAAUGUUUGAUGCUUUGCCCCAUUGCUUCAAAGAAAAUGAAACUACUCAAGUGCCUUCUGCGGAAUUUUCUGCAUUGAUUAUAGUUGAUCGUGAUAAGGAUUAUGCUUCAAGCCUACUGACACCUGCCAUUUACUCUGGACUUUUAUUGGAAGUGUUCAAUAACAGAACUAGCGAAGUGGUUUUGGAACAAAAUACAAAUAAGAUAUUGCAACAAAAACUGGAAAUAUUAGAGCUGCCAGUUAAAAACUCUACAACAAAUGAAAAACCCAACGAAAAGCCAACAAUAAUACGUUUGAAAUCUGUAUAUGACGAAAUUUAUGGCGAAAAUCGUUACAAACAUUUUGCACAGGCUAUAAGUCUGGUACGCGCACAGGCCAAAGCCAUUGGCUUAGAAGUACAAAAACUAAACGACAUGAAGUUGGAUGAAAUGCACGAUUACGUCGCACGAAAGUUGCCUAAGGUAAAUGAACUAAAAAUCAAAGUUAUGCGCCAUUUAAAUGCGAGUGAGAAAAUCAUAGAAAUGCUGGCGAAGAGCUUUCGGAAGUUACAAACACUAGAAGAGAAUAUUUUAAAUAAUGUCUCACGCAAGCGACUAUUUGAGGAAAUUGAUUUUCAACUUACUUUCAAUGGCCAGCGAUACAACACACUACGCCUAUUUUGCUUGCUGCAUCUAUGCGCUGGCGUCAACACAGAUGAACUGCAGCAAUUUAUGCGUAACUAUUGCAACUACUUUGGUGCGAAAUAUUUGUAUGUCUUCGAUGCACUUGCAAAUGGUGGACUGUUACCUGCACUCGUGGACGAGGAGAAGGUCAAUAAGUCAACAAAAUUGCUCUCUAAUUUGCCUAUACCGAAAUUCCAGCAGACAGAAUUUCAAGCCAACGCUAAUCGCAUGAAAUUACUGACUUCUGUAGCUGGCGUCGAUGCAGCAAAUAAUCCAGUAAAUGCUGCAUCUUGUCCGAGUUACGUCUUCAAUAAUAAUUACAUACCUUUAGUAGCACAAUUGUGUUCAUUGCUUCUAAAAACCACAACUGCAGAUGAUUUUGCCAAUAAAUUGGGUAUGAUGGAUAAAAUAAAUCUAUUAGCCUUCGACACGAAAACAAAUUCCUACACAGCUCCGCUUAAUAUAAAAUCCUAUGGCAAUGCUGUCAAAUUGAAUGAGAUAAAGGAUUGGUUUCCUUUACGUAAACCUAAGAUAUUUAUCUACGUAGUUGGUGGUAUUACUUAUGCAGAGAUUGGUGCUUGUGAGUUGAUUGGAAAAUUGAGUGGUGCACACAUAGUUGCGGCCUCUGACUCCAUUAUUUCUGGUGCUGAUUUAAUAGCUCAGGCUUUUUAAGAUUUUUUAUUAUUUCUACGAUAUAUUAUUUAGUUUAGAUUUAUCUAAAAAGAGCUGAAUAUUGAC